ACCCUGAAAAAGAUUUGUCUUCUCUUCUCUCAACCCAUCGCUCCCUCGUCCGUUCCAAGGAAGAAACAAUGAGUAAAGAGAGCCUCCGAGUCGUUUUAGAGAUAAUUGAGACUGUGAUGAAAAAAAGCGAUGCUCUGUCUGGCGCAACUGAUACUUUACCUCCCCUUAUGUCAAAUCUCAAGAUAGAGAAGAAAACAGACGACCCUUCUGGACGGCAGCAGGAGGAGAUGGAGGAAGAGCAGGAUUCGAGCGAGUACGCCGAGUCUCUUCUUGGUUUUCUCCAUGAACCUACUGUAGAUUUUGUGAACAAAGCAUGCGACACGGAGGAGGAGCGUCAUAGGGCUAUGAAGUCCAUCUGCAGAUUGGUUGCAAGUCUUGAAUCGGAAGCUGCUCGUGAUCUUGAGGAAUUCGAGGCAUCCAUCCCUGAGAAUCCUCAAGAAUGGACACAAGAGAUGUGGGAGUACAUGUAUGAAAAGGAAAAGGAGGAGGUGAGGAAUUUCGAAGAGCAGCAGUUGGCUUUGGAGAAGAAGAAGCGGAUACAAAAGCGAUUGGAUAAAACAUAUCGAAGAAGACGGAAAAUUGCGAAGAAGACAAGUAAAAGAGAGAGAGAGUGCUCAAGUGGCUUGGCUUGAAUAUGUCUACUGUUUUUCAUGUUCUUAAUUAAUUAAUUAAUGCUGACUCAGAGAAAGGAAUUGGUUUCCCAUUUCAUCUAUUCUAUGUUUUUUGGUUGCAUUUUUAAUUAAUAAUACUCGGUCGUUGUUUUUGCA